CCCACAUCUCCUCCUCAGAACAAGGCUUGGCUUUCGGAAGCCAGUCCUAGCAGGUAACCCACUGCAGCUGCUGGGGAGUGUGAAGAAGAGACCUGCAGGAAGCUGGGGGAGACAGCUCCAGCCACUUCACACACCAUUCUCAAAUUCACCUUUGGGGGACACCUGAGCUGAAGAACUGCUACAGGUGGACCCAUUGCCUUGAACUGGGAACCAAAGUAGAAGAAAAUUUGAGAGAACCAUGAUGUCUCUUGGUGUCAGCAAAGGGGAUGUUAUUCCACCCAGUGAAGAAGAUCGCAAGAAGAUCAUCAGGCAGAUGAAGGUACGCACCACACUAAAAGGGGAUAAGAGCUGGAUCUACCCACAAAACUCAGACAAUGAGGAGGAGAUGAAGAGAAGCUCAUUGUUGCCAGGUUCCAAGCCCACCUCCGGUUACCUCAUCAGGGGUGUGUUCACCAGGACUAUUGAAAAGACGUCGCCCGAGAGCACCUUCUAUUCCAAUGGCACGCAGAAAAGUGCUGCAGCUCAGGCUAAGAGUUCCAGCCUCCCCCGCUUCUCCUCCGGAUACAAGAUGACAACUGAGGAUUAUAAGAAACUGGCUCCAUUCAAUGUCAGGCAAAUAUCAGUGGACUCAGAUGAAGAGAAACCAGCUUUUUCCCCAGAUGAACAUAAGAAGAGGACAGAGGCAGCCAACAGUGUACUGAGGCGCACAGCCAGCAGGGAGCGCUCUUACGUCCUCUCUGCUGCCAAGAAAAGCAAUGGAAGCCCAACACAAGAAGUACCACCCUUCAUUGCCAAGAGCGUUGAGAUUGAGGAGGAAGGAGGACUGCACAUGAAGAAUCAGACCCUUCCGGCUUCAUCAAGUAUCAAUGGGGUGAGAAAGAGACCAACUGGGUCUUCCUGGAGUAAGCCAAAGCCAAUGACUGCUGUUUCCACCACAAGCUUUGACACAGACAGUAAGAGCCAAGCCACCAGAUCCUGGAGUGAAAGCACAUCACAGAUCUCCAGUUACACUGAAAUCAGUGACAAAGUGGAUGAGGAGAAGCCUGUUGAGACUUCUCCAGCUGAAGCAACAACAACCAAACCCACUCUGGCUACGGGCAAAAGUGAAGAAAGAGUUAUAAAUGCGCCCAAGCCAAUGCCUCAGAGUGAAAUAAAAUUGAGAGCCACCUCCUCUCCAGAGAAAAGUGACAAAUCAGUUAAAGAGGAGCGUGACCUGAUCUCCUGGGAUGAAUCGGUUCCAAAAGCCACCACCAUUUCCACAGGGGAAAGAUCUGUCCCAGGCUAUGAGGAGGGACGCCCCACAAAAGAGGUCAGAUAUGAGAGUACCACAGCCACAAAGCACAAAGAGCCUGAACUGAAUGUGACAAGGUCCAGCCCUUCAUCUGGAGUCAGCAGCGCUGUUACCCAAGAGGUCCGACACAAAGUUCCCAUGCACCUGGAUGAUGAAGAAUUUGACUUCAACAGGCUUUCUCCCUUGAAGGGCAAUACUGAGGAUGCUGAGAAUGAGAACAUAUCUACUACCCAAUCUGAGCCUCCUACCACUAGAAAGCACACUGAGCCUGACGAGAACACGGCACAGCUUCCCUCAGCUUCAAGUGAGAGGAUCUCCAUGUCUACUGCCUGCUUUCAGUACCACAGCCCAUCAGCCAUGGGACACAAGUCCAACCCCAGCGCUGCAAGCAAAGGGAUCCUCUUUGUGAAGGAGUACGUGAACAGCCGUGAGUUAUCUCCCACUCCACACUACAGCAGUGACAGCCUGAUUGAUUUGUCUGACAUAGAGAGAGCAAGCUACCUGCACAGCAGUGCCUUCCAGAGGUCAUGUGAAGGUGUCUGCACUUACUGUGGCCGUGAGAUCCGAGACUGCCCUAAGAUAAUGAUAGAACAUCUCAAUGUUUACUGCCAUGAAUACUGCUUUAGGUGUGGGAUUUGCCAUAAGGCAAUGGGAGACCUCCUGGAUAAAAUAUUCAUUCAUCGUGACAUUGUCCACUGUGACCAGUGCUAUGAGAAGCUCUUCUAGAUCUUGAAGAACUGAAGGAGCCAGCCAGUUGAAAGACUUCAGCAGUGUACAUGGGAAUGUAUCCAGCAGUGCCUGACUGGCUAAGAUACCAAAUCUCCUGCUCCCCCUUUCCUGGAGUUAUUUCCCUCUCACCAUCUCAUCACAAUGAAUGAGUUUAACAUCCAUUAGUUUAUUAGUCAAGGAUCUACAACCUAUCCUGAAGGACGAUCCCUCGCUCUCACAGACCUUGGGAGACAGGCCAGUCCACACUUACAGACAGCCUCCCAACUUGAAGCAAAUACUCACCAGCAACUACACACCACACAACAAAAACACUAACCCAGGAACCUAUCCCUGCAACAAACCUCGUUGCCAACUCUGUCCACAUAUCUAUUCAAAGGACACCAUCAUAGGACCUAACCACAUCAGCCAUACCAUUGGGGCUCAUUCACCUGCACAUCUACCCAUGAGAUAUAUGGCAUCAUGUGCCAGCAAUGCCCCUCUGCCACGUACAUUGGCCAAACAGGACAGUCUCUACGCAAAAGAAUAAAUGGACACAUAUCAGACGUCAAGAAUUAUAACAGUCAAAAACCAGUCGGUGAACACUUGAACCUCCCUGGACACUCAAUAACAGAUUUAAAAGUGAAGGAGUACUUGUGGCACCUUAGAGACUAACCAGUUUAU